AUGGAGCCCGACGAUGAUGCUCCUGACAAAAUUUUACAGCGAGGCUCCUCCUCGUCAUCGCAGGAGGCUCGGCGGCCUUCCACAUUCCAAAGACUUCGCCGUGCCAUGUCCAUGAAGCCGGCCACCGAGGACGGCGAAACAGCAGCAGGGCGUCAACCCAAGAGAGGCUCCACCAUCGUGCAGCAGCCGGCGAACGGAGUGUUUCCGGAUCCAGAUUCUGUAAAGGAGGCCGUUCGAGAUUUGCUCGAGCAGAAGAAGUACAACGUACAAGACUUCUACAAGACAGAAGGUAUUUGUCAGCGACUGGCGCGCAGUCCGCUUUUUGACUAUACAACGCUCUGUGUUAUAAUUGUCAACGCGCUAUGGAUCGCGGUGGAUACCGACUACAACGACCAAGAUCUGUUGAUAUAUGCCCGGCCAGAAUUCCAAAUAAUGGAGAACCUGUUUUGUGCUUUCUUUACGGCUGAGUUGAUCAUUCGAUACGGGGCUUUCAGGCGCUCGUGGGAUGCAUUCAGAGACAUGUGGUUCGCGUUCGACGCGGUCAUCCUGGUUUUCAUGAUCUUCGAGACAUGGAUCAUCACCGUGCUGGUGGCCACGAUUCAAGGGCUCAUGAUGCUGGACCCCUCACUUCUUAGCCUGGUGCGACUGUUGCGCCUUUUUCGCAUGACCAGAGUUGUUCGCGUGUUGAAAGCGUUUCCGGAGUUGAUGAUCCUCUUGAAGGGAAUGCUUGCAGCUUUCAGAUCCGUUCUCGUCACGCUCGGCCUCCUUCUGAUUGUGACAUAUGUGUAUUCGAUUGCGUUUACUUCGUUGUGCAAGGGCUUGCCAAGCGGCGCUGAAUGUGAGAGCUACUUUCCGAACGUUUGGGCCUCCAUGUUCACCUGCAUCGUCAGAGGUGCUUUGCUUGACGAGGUGACUGAAUUGCUUGCAGACGUUGGUCGAGAUAGUGGCCUGAUUGUGGCAAUUUUCUUCAGCUAUGUGUUGAUCGCAGCCGUCACUGUGAUGAACCUUCUUAUCGGUGUGCUUUGCGAGGUCGUGACCCUCGUUGCAGCUGCUGAACGUGAAGAGCUGCUUAUUGGUUUCGUUCAGGGCCAGCUUGAGAAGAUCGUGGCAUCAGUGGAUUUGGAUGGCAACGGAUUGAUCUCGCACAAGGAGAUGAAAGCGAUUCUACAGGACAAGGAUGCUGUCAGGGCACUCCAUUCAGUAGGGGUGGAUCCAGUAAGCCUGGUCGACCUGGCCGACGUUUUGUUUCCGACCAAAGUAGCAGAAGAUGGUGAUGAGUUUCGGAGCGAGAUGACCUUCAUCCAGUUCAUGCAAGAGCUGCUGGAGCUUCGUGGGAAGAACACAGCGACGGUGAAGGACAUGAUAACGCUCCGCAAGAUCAUGAAGGUUCAGCAGGAGGACCUCCUGGAAGCCAUUGGAAAGUUGGAGUCUUCAGUUCUCGGCCCAGCCGACGAGCUGCAACAGACCACAGAGCAAAAGCAGGGCAGUCGGAGGAAUCUGGAGUCCCCAGGAAGACCGCAGCUGACCCCAACUCUCUCGCAGCAGCCGAGAGUACUGGAGGGGCGGCUGAUCGAUGAAGAGCUUUCGCACAAAAUGCUCGAGUUGCGCCAAAUAUUGGAUGCGACUCUGUCUUCGGUGAUCCUCAACGGCAGGAACAUCGACAAGCCAAUCGAAUCCACAGACCCAGCUGUGGGGGCUCUCCGGGCUACCGCGGCGGAGGAGUCAAUGCACAAGCCCGGGAAGCACGAAGAUCUCUUCCUGGAAGACGUGCCUGGCAUGCAGGAGCUGGAAGCACUGGAAAGAGUGCUAUCCCAACGGCACCUGCAAGCUGAGAAGCCCAGACAGCAGCUACUGCCUGGGCAGCCCCGUGGAGCUGGGUAG